AUGCGUGCGCAGUUGUACUUGCAGUUGGGACGUACUGAAGAGGCAAGUAAAGAUUUCAAGGAAGCUGCAUUUUGGGAACAGCAGGAACAUGUCGAAGACACACCGCCAGCUACCCCGGAACCCGAGCCUAGUCCAGAGCAGGAAUAUAUCGACCCGAAAAGUUCACGAGGACGUUUAAUUGCAGCAGCAAUAAACGACCUGGAAGGUAAUAGUGAAGGAGCCAUGGUUAACCUUCGUGAAGUAGCUGGUCUUUCCGACAUAGAAACUAUUCUACGCGGCAUUAAAGUGAUUAAAGAAAAAGGAGGUCUAUUGACCAAGGAAGACCGAGCCAUACUUGAUGCUCUCCAUGCUGCUGAACGAAGAAAGAAACAGCAAGAAGAAGCACUGAAAUCAUUUCAAGGCAAUGUGAAUUUGAAAACAUAUUAUAAUGUGUUUCAUCUACAGCUCGAAGCCAUGUUUUCAGGAUGUAAAACGGUUGCCUCGGGAUUUGUGGAUCAUACAGCAGAAGGAAAAUUGGGAAUUUUGGCGAAUGGUAUUAACCUAUUCGGUAAACUUGUAUCGUUUGUACCCGGAGUCAGUGAAGCAGCAGCACAGGUCAUUGGGAUUGCAGCUGAUGUUGUAACGGCUAUUGAUCAUGAACAACAAACGAAUAUAUUGAAAUAUAUUGCUAAUCUCGGAUCGACCGCGGCAUUGUGGGAAGUGUCACAGUCCGUUGCUCAGCGGUUAACCGAACGAUAUCGAAAUCAAUUAGAGCAGAUUAUGACCCUGGAAGAAGCAAAGAAGGCUGCUCCGAUAACAGAUAGUAUAGCUAAACGAUGUAUAGUGUCUUGUUCGAGAACGAAAAGAGAAAUUACUAAGGAAGAAGAACCGUCGGAUGUCAAAGAGAUUGCUGAUUAUGGGGUAUUUUUAAUAAUUGAAGCAUUACAAAGUCAAAUUAUUGAUCAGGAAGAAUCACUGGUCGGACAAUUAGUACGAAUUGUAUGUUUCGCGAACGAGCGUCAAUCAUUGAUCGAAAAAAUAACAACCAGACUUGGUGUUAGUAAUAAAAUUUUAAGGUGGCGUACGGGCGAUCGAUGUAGUUUGCAUGAAUUUUAUUCGAAACCCAAUAUUCUUGUGAAAGACGAACAAGGCAGCAGUGGUGCCCCUGUGGAACAUUAG